CCCAGCGGAAAAGAUACACUCUGACAUGGGAACGUCUCUGAGACCCUGAGCACCAACCGAGUGAUUCGGAGAGGUGGAGCUGGAGAUGAUGUAUUUUCUGUUCCAGAAUCCCUGCGUGGGUAUUUAUUGUGAUUGAUAGUACGUGAGUAAGUUUGCCGUCUUCCGUCAGUAGUAUUGCGGUGUCUCUUUAAAGGAAGGGGGAGUGUAGGAAGAGGGACAGAGAAAAGAGAUGAAUAGAAGGAACCAGAACCACCUACCAUGACCAAGUGCGCUCCAAAUGUAGGACAGAAAUUCGAGUGGAAUUCAAAGGGAACAUCAAGCGACAUCUUGGGAGGAAAACCAUGUUCGGCUGUGCCUUCUCAGACCCUCGAAUUUCCACAUCGGCUUCCACGGGCGAUUAUGGGAAGACGGGGAAAGUAUUUUUCCUCUCAAACAUUUCUUGCUUUCUGAAACGGAAAAGAAGAGUUGCAUCUUUCUUCGAGUAGAUUGCAUAAUCCUGUCAUUUACCCACUGGAUUGUACUCCUCUAAUUUUCGGGGGGGCGACGGAGCAAAUCCGACUUUUAAGGAGCCUGCGAUUGUUGAGCAAUGCCCUUUUCCGUGCGGAGGACUUGCAGACAGUAGCGGGGGAAGGAUGCCUCUGAGGCCGCGCUGCAUUCAGGGAGAUUGGGCAGGACUAGCAGCAGCAGCAGCAGGAGCAGCGGAGGGCCCGAGGAGCAGCCAGGACUCUCUCCUCCUUUUCCUCCCCCCUGCAGGAGCAUGCUGGCGUGAGGGAUGAGGCUGUGCACGGUGACACCAGGCCAGAGCUGCGGCCUACUUCUCACCACAGCCGCUCUUCCCACCGCAACACCACUGAACAUAUUGUCACCAUCAAAUCAGCAUCUUUGGUCAUCAGGUAGAUCCAGGAGCAUGAGCAGGACUUUGAGCUGCGGGAGCAGAUGUCUGGGUACAAGCGCAUGCGGCGGCAGCACCAGAAGCAGCUGAUCGCCCUGGAGAACAGGCUAAAGGCCGAGAUGGACGAGCACAAGCUUCGGCUGCAGAAGGAACUGGAGACACAAGCCAACAACACUUACAUAGAGCUAGAGAGACUCGCCAAGCGGCACGCCGCUCAAACAGACAAAGAGACAAAGUCAGUUGCAGCAGAAGAAAGAAGGAUCCAGCAACAGAUCAUCUCUCAGCAGAAGAAAGAGCUGACCACCUUCUUAGAGAACCAGAAGAAGGAGUACCGGCUCUGCAAAGACAAAAUCAAAGAGGAGAUGAACGAAGACCCUUUUACACCCAAGGAGGAGAAGCAGGAGCGACUGUCCAGGCACAAAGAAACAAUGCAGCGCUCUCAGGCCGAGGAGGAAGCUCACCUGCUGGACCAGCAGCGGCUCGUCUACGACCGCAGCUGCCGGGCGCUCAAGCGCCACAGUGUCAUCCGGAGGCAUGAGUUCGAGCAGGAGCAACUGAGGGAGGAGUUGAACAAGAAGAGGACGCAGAAGGAAAUGGAACAUGCACUAAUGAUCCGGCAGGAUGAAUCCACCCAGGACCUUGAACGUCGGCAGCUGCAGAUGCUGCAGAAGCUGAGAAUCGAACUCAUGCGACUGCAGCACCAAACAGAACUUGAAAACCAGGAGGAGUACAACAGCCGCCGGCAGAGAGAACUCCACAGAAAACACAGCCUGGAGCAGCGGCAGCAGCCCAGAAACCUCAAGAUGCUUGAGAUGCAGAUCAAGAAACAAUUCCAGGACACGUGCAAGGUGCAGAACAAACAGUACAAAGCUCUUCGGAACCAUCAGCUGGAAGUCUCUCCGAAAAGCGACCAUAAGGGCAUUCUAAAGAGCCUGAAGGAGGAGCAGACACGGAAGCUGGCCGUGCUGGCAGAGCAGUAUGAGCACAGCAUCAACGAGAUGAUGGCGUCUCACGCGAUGCGUCUGGAGGCAGAACAAGACAGAGAGGUCCAGGCCCUGAAACAGCAGCUCAAGCAGGAGAUGGAGCUCCUGGACGCCUACCAGAGUAAAACCCAGUCACAGAUGGAAACCCAGCAUGAGCGAGAGCUACAGAAGCUGGAGCAGAAGGUAUCCAUACGCAGAGCCCACCUAGAGCAGAAGAUUGAAGAGGAGCUGGCUGCUCUUCAGAAGGAACGCAGCGAGAAGAUCAAGCACUUGUUUGAACGUCAAGAGAGAGAGAUGAACAUUUUUGACUCAGAGAGUAGGAGCCUAGGCUUCGGAAGCCUGGGAUCUCUGGACUUCCCCAAAGAAGACAACAGAUGAAAGUGGAUUUCCCUUCACAGGACAUCGUACCCGUGCCCUUCUCCUCCACUUGACCGUUUGUCGCACUCACGCUGACAAAUCAGAACAAGCUUUUUUCUUUCCGAUGUCUUUGGUUGCAGGCGCGGCGUGCAAUGGGAACUUCUUAUUUUGAAACGGAGGAAAGUAAAAUCCACAACGACAUGCCAGUGAAGAGCCAGUGUUACUUUAAAUGUGUCCAGAAUACAACUUUUUUCUUCAUAUGCCAUUUCCUCCUUUUUGGUAUGAAUCGAAUAAUUCAGGAAAUUUUAGUAAAAUGGGCACUUUGAAAUGUCUAAGUAGAAUAACAUCCUGUUGAGAUGAUGAGUAAAUGUGUGUUGUGUGGAGGGACAAUGUGGAAUGUGAGCUACGGACUCCCCCCCGUGGUGUUAAGCUGCUUCGUCUUUUACUUUCCUUUACUUUGGAAUCAUUUUAUACGUUUAUUUUUGACUAAGUCUACUGCUCAGAAUGUGAAUACUACAAUUUGGGUCUUACACUGUCAUAGCGUGCUUAUGCAUACAGUAUACCGUGGUCCUUCACAUCUCAAGACAAACUCAAAUUUCAUCUGCGGGAUCAAUUGGCGUUAGCUUGUUUCACUCACCACAGUUUGGUACCCCACCUGGUAAAACUGCUUAUUAUUGCAUGCACUUUAAGGACAAAUUCAGGUUGUGAAGUGAAGCAUGAAUCUGUCAGAGAUUUUAGCUGUUUUGUAAAUAAAGUGGUCAUUUCCUUUUCUUUAUAGCCAAUGGAUACUGGACAUAAGCGCCAUAUUCUUAUUUCACAAAUGCCUUUCUUUAAGUUGUGCCUGAAGCAGAUUUCAGUUCUGUGUUUGUUCAAUCUCAUUUAUUGACUGACGCUGGCACUUUUGUUUCCCUUUUCAGGUCAUUUCAUCUGAACCUGUGAAUCAUUUAAUGUUCACUAAUCAAAGUUCUUGUAACGAAAAAUAGUGAGAAUUGUGCUGUAUAACUUUUGAUAUGAAUAUUUGUACUUGAGAAAAUAGAACUUCCAGAGACCCUGGUCUAAAACUGAUUAUGGAGCCGAACGAUAAUUCUUGUGCUUCACCUUUGUUUUUAUAUUGCAGAGAGACUGUCAGAUUAAAAGCUCAAUAUAUAUAUCUAUAUACAUAUGUAUAUAGAUAUGUAUAUAUAUAGAUCUAUGUAUUGCUGAGUAAAAUCACAAGAUUGUAUGAGGAGAUCCACAGUUUUCUAAAAUAUCCGUACAAGGAACGUGUGUGGACGAAUUGGAUCGGCGUUCUCUUGCCGUGUUCAUUGUAAACAGGUGAACAGGUUGCACAAUGUUUCCAUUUAAGGUGAAUGGAACAAUAAUUGUUUGGUGCUUAAUUUCUUAAACCACUUUUAGCCUUGUAGUUUUUUUUUUUUUUGUCUUGGAGAAAAAUUGAAUUAAACAAAAAACCCCAUGAGUCAAAGUCUGUCGGGAUUCUGAGUCGACUAGUGCGUUUGCGAUAAAUGUAAGCAGCAACAGUUUUUCGGCUCGUCAUUCUUCCUGUAGGGCUCAAUUGUUGUCACGUUCUGAUCAUUUAAAAUCAUUAGUGGUGUAGCAGACAACACUACAGUAUUGUUCGUUUGAUAGUCGCCAACACCGGUGCAGUAGGGCCAAUGACAUUUAAAUAAAAAAACAAGAUUGAAAUGUGGCUAAUGGGUCUUUAUUUUUAUUAUUAUUAAAAUAAAUGUGACAGGGAAGGUGAUAGUUUGUGUCUUACAUUUUUUUAUUAAUUUCAUUUUAAUUUAAUAUUUUUUUAACUUCAGAUUUCAGCAUAAUUUCGCACAUUCAAUCUC